GAAAUCCUGACUUGAAGUGAAUGGGCCUUGACAUUACCUUGACCUAUUACCAUAACACUUCAAACUCACAUCAGCUCUUCAAACCAUAUUCGCACUGGGAAAAAGUCAGAUAUUGUUAUAUUUGUCUAUUUUCCAUUAACAAAAAGUGUGGUUUCUUUUUUUGUUUGCUUGUGUGCACCUUGUGGAAUGUUUAUGUCUCAUAUCCAUGUGCUCUAUAGAUCAGCCCUGGCAUCUGCCCAUCAGGGUCAACCUCUGCCUAAGACCCUGAGUGUCAUGGAGAGCACCCCACAGGUCAGAGGAAUGCACACUAUUAUCAGGAAUAAAGAAACCAGUCGGGAUGAAUUUAUUUUCUAUUCAAAGAGAUUAAUGAGGCUUCUCAUAGAGCACGCCCUGUCCUUCCUGCCUCUGAAGCCGGUGUCUGUUGAAACUCCUCAAGGAACUGUAUAUGAAGGGAAGAGGCUGAGCGGGAAAAGG